AUGAUUACACCACCAAAUAAUAUAAUAGAAUCAAUUAACAAGACUAUUAAUUAUGUUAAUAAGAAUGGUAUAACAUUCGAACAAAGAUUAUUAAAGAAUAAUCACAAUGGUCAAUUUGAUUUCUUAAAACUGGAUAAUGAAUAUUAUGAUUAUUAUCAACUGAAAUUGCUUGAAAAAAAUAAACAAGAUGAGAUACAACAAUCACCACCAAUUGAAAAACCAAAAGAAUUAGAAUUCCUAAUUGAUUUACCUAUUAUUUCAAACUAUGAUUUGAAUAUAAUUAAAGCAACUGCAUUAUAUAUUGCCAAAAAUGGAAAGAAUAAAAUACCAUCGCUUCUUAAACACAUAUCAUUUAAUAAAGCUCAAUAUGAAUUUCUUAAUACUAAUCAUUCAUUAAAUCCAAUAUUUGAAACUUAUAUCAAACAAUAUACUAAACUCAUUGACAUUUUUCAAAAUGAUGAAAAUGAAAAAAAAAACGAGAUUUUAUCGGAUUUUGAUGAUUUCGAUAUACUUGCCAAGUGUAAAAAUCGAUCAAAAUAUAUGAAAGCAAAUAAAGUAAAUGCAAAGAAAGAGAAAGAGAAUGAAAAGGAUAAAUUAUUAACAUUUGCAAGUAUUGAUUGGCAAGAUUUUAAUUUAGUCGCAAAGGUUGAAUUUGAUUCAAUUGAUAAAGUUAAAGAAUUGAAUGUUCCAUUGAUUCGAGAUCUGUUAAUUUCAAGAUCAUUAAUUUCAAAAUCAAAAGAUAUUGAACAACAACUACCGAAAUCAAAAGUUCAAAAGGAGGAGAAAGAAGAGAAACAAAAAGAUGAAAAAAGAGAGAAGAAAGAAGAGACAGUAGUUGUCACUGGUCCUUUUAAAGGUAUGAAAAUUAAAGCGGCUGGAUCAUCAAGAUUGAAAAAACAAAAAGAAGGUAAAGAUUUAAUUAAAUGUCCAAUUACUAAUAAAAUGAUUCCUGAAAAUGAAUUUGAUAAUCAUUUGAGAAUAUUAUUAAGAGAUCCAAGGUACAAGACAGAGCAAGAAAAUUAUAUAAAAAAGAAUUUUUCUUAUGGGUCCAAUAUUUCAACUGAUCAAGUUUAUGAAAAUAUUAAAAGAUUGGUAAAGAAAAGGCGUAUAAAUGAUGAUGAUGAAGAAGAUGAUGAAGAAAAAGAAGCUAACGAUGAAUCAAAUAAUAAAAAGAGACUAAUAUGA